ACUAUUUUAUUAUUUUUAGACCUCUAUAAUGUCCAAGAAAAGUAUUGGAAUAGUUAAUUUUAAGAAGUUCUAUAGAUUUACUUUAAGAAAUGGGCUUUUUGUUCAAGUUAAUUCAUUGAUAAUUCGAGAACGUUAUCUUCAAUUAUUUUCGAAAUUUAAAUGUUAUAAUGGGAUGAGAAUGAUAUCUAGUUUAAAUCAGAAUUCUCAGAAAGGUUUUUUUUUAAAAAGAAAUAGAUUUUUAGGGAAAAUUAAGAAAUUUACAUAUAUUUUAAUAAUUUUGGGCUUAAUAAAAUUUUCUUAUGAUAUUUAUGAAUUGCGUUAUCCUAUUCCUUUCGUAGAGCUGGAUCCUAAUAAAAAAACCAUAGUAAUUCUUGGAAGUGGAUGGGGAAGUAUUUCUUUGCUAAAAAAUAUUAAGUCGGAUGAUUAUAAUAUUAUUGUUGUUUCCCCUAGAAAUUAUUUCCUUUUUACACCAUUUCUUGCAAGCUGCACAACAGGGACUACUGAAUUUCGUUCUAUCAUAGAACCUAUUAGAUUUAUAAUGUUUCGUAGAAAAGCAGGUCUUAGGUUUUAUGAAGCUAGUUGUACUAGUAUUGACCCUAAUAAUAAAACUAUUAUAAUAAAAGAUUUUUCUGAUGUUCAUGGCAAUGUUACUGAGACAAAAUUAUCUUAUGAUUAUCUUGUUAUCGGUGUGGGUGCAGAAAAUCAGACUUUUGGAAUUCCCGGUGUUAGUCAAUAUGCCAAUUUUUUAAAAGAAAUCCCAGAUGCUAGAAAAAUAAGAACAAAGAUUAUGGAAUGCAUUAAAGCUGCUAUUUUUGAAGGACAAACAGAUGAAGAAAAAAAGCGUCUAUUGCAUAUGGUUAUUGUAGGGGGAGGACCUACUGGCGUCGAAUUUGCAGCUGAAUUGCAGGAUUUUUUUGAAGUAGAUUUAAAAAAAUGGUUUCCAGAAAUAUCAAAUAUAUUUAAAGUUAGUCUUUUUGAGGCUCUUCCUUCUAUUCUUCCUAUGUUUUCAAAGACUUUAGUAAAUUAUACUGAAGCUACUUUUAAGGAAGAAAAUAUUAGCAUAUUUACUAGAAGCACAGUAAAAAGUGUAGCUGAUAAAUAUAUUACUGUUGAAACAACUUCAUCUGAUAAUAAAAAAGUUAUUCAAGAAGUUCCAUAUGGAUUGCUUGUUUGGGCUACAGGAAAUUCUCCAAGAUAUGUUAUCAAGGAUUUAAUAUCUAGAAUUCCCGAGCAAAGCAAUAGUUCUAGAGGCUUGUUAGUCAAUGAUUAUUUGGUUGUAAAAGGCACAGAAAAUAUUUGGGCACUUGGAGAUUGUACUGCUACUAAAUAUGCUCCUACUGCUCAAGUUGCAUCUCAACAAGGACAUUAUCUUGCCAAGCUUUUUGAUAUGUUAGCAGAAUCUCGGAGAACUAGAAAGGAAAUUCAGUAUCUUGAAAAUUUAUUAAAAGCUAAUAAUAUCGAUUUUGAAAAAGAAAAUAUGAUAAAAAAAGACAUUGAUAUUAAAAUAAAAAAACUGAAAAGGCUUUCUAUUCCAUUAUUUCAAUAUUCUCAUAGAGGAACUCUUGCAUAUAUUGGAAAUGAUAAAGCAAUUGCGGAUCUUUCAUUCUCAAAGGGGAAUUUCUCUAUAUUUGGAAUGACAGCGUUUUUAUUUUGGAGAUCUGUUUAUGCAAAUAUGCUUUUUUCUUUAAGAAAUAAAGUUUCCGUUUGUUUGGAUUGGAUUAAAGUUUCUGUUUUCGGGAGGGAUUUGAGUAGUUUUUGAUUUAUUUGGAUUUGCUUAUUGAGAUUUUGAUCUCACGUUUUAAUAAAUAUAGUAGAAAA